AUGGACGUAGAUACGAAUAUUGAAGAAACCGAAUUGGACGUUGGUUCGGCCAGCGACGAAUUGGAAACGUCGAUUGCCGAGUCAAAAAUCGCACGACGUCCAACGCCAAAACCGUUUACCAUAGAAAGUCUUAUAGGAAGUUGCGCGAGUGCAAGGGGAAAUUGUGCGGGUGAUAUUGGUAUGUCGAAGAUAGAUGAUAAAAUUAAUGUUAACGAUGAGGACAGUGAAAGGGAAAGGGAAAGGGAAUAUCUUUAUCAACGUCAUUAUCUUGCGACGGCUGCUGCUGCUACUGCAUUGCCAUCAGGUUUCGGUGUACCGUUGAGUUUAUACGGUGCUUGGCUACCCAUGCGAAUGUAUGGCGGUGGUGGUGGUGGCGGCGGCACAGCUUCCGGUGUCCCAAUGUUACCACCACAUUCCACGGUUAGUAAUUAUCCAUCUCAUCAGGAUUUGCAUCAAAAUCGAUUAACUCAACAUUUGGUUGGUGGUUCGAAUAAUCAUCUUCAGGGUGUCGCAUAUCCAAAUACAUUUCAUCGAUCUAUCAAUCAACGUGGAUCAACCAGUUUCACGGACAGCGAUGACGAUGGUAGCAUAGAUUCACCACCGUCUCCUGUUCAUGAUCUAUCUAAAUCUAGAUUAGGAUCAGAAAAUGGACGAGUAUCUGCGGAAAGCGAGGACGAAGGUGGUGGAACUAACAAUGGUAUGGGUGAGGGAUUGGAUACGACUACCGUCGGAUCCGUAAACGGUACCAGAAACAACGGUUCGCCUAAUGGGCAAGGUCACGAAAGUGUACGAGGACAUUCUAGUUCGAAUUCGUCGGGAAACAAAGCUCGUCGUAGAAGAACUGCAUUCACAUCUGAACAAUUGUUAGAAUUAGAAAGAGAAUUUCACGCUAAAAAAUAUUUAAGUUUAACCGAAAGAUCGCACAUAGCGCAUGCGUUGAAAUUGUCCGAGGUACAAGUUAAAAUAUGGUUUCAAAAUCGUCGAGCUAAAUGGAAAAGAGUCAAAGCUGGAUUAAAUGGAAAUGGUGGAAUCGGUUCGAAUGCGUCGUCAAUGUCAACGUCUGGUGGUGGUGCUGGUACUCGUCAUCAUGGUGGUGGUGGUACUACCGGACAGCAUACCGGAAACGGUACGAGAAUAGUUGUACCAAUACCGGUUCAUGUUAGUCGAUUAGCCGUUAGAUCUCAUCAUCAUCAUUUAGAAAAAUGUGCAAGACCUGCACGUGUUAGAACAACUACGAUUGUUGAUCCAAUUUCCCCCUCCUCGUCAUCAUCCUCGUCCAUUCUCGUAACCGACGCCACCACCAUGGGUUUGGUGAACUCAUCGAUGAAUGUAUCGAGUCAAUUGCAAAGUUCACCUUUACCUGUAGUAGGCGUUGGUAUUGGCGUAGGCGUCGGAUUAAGAGCCUUCACCGUGCCACCUCAUCGGGAUGGACUUAAUUCUACCGGCAGGUAGUGAACAUUCGAAUCCCUGAUAUUAUUUCUUGGUUUUUUUUGUUUUUAUCAUUAUUAUCACGAAUUGUCCAUAACAUUCCUUUCAUCGAGAGAUUCGUUAACGUAAUACUUUAACCCUUGGAUGAACUGUUACACCGAUUUGUCAAGUUA